UCUUGUGAAACUAGAAACUGCUAUUGGCAUAAAAUACACAAGGCCAUUUCUAAGCUUAGAUUUUGCCAGAAUGUUUUCUGUGUAAAUAUGAACCCAUUUGCUCAACAGCGCAGCAUUCCAUUCGUUUGUAAUCUCUGGCCGUUGUAAUGGUUACGAUUUUCACUUUGCCCAACUUUUAACUUUCGCAAGAUGUUAGACACACAUAUUUACACACACACACACACACACACUUGCAGACAGAACGUUCGUAUUGAUAUAAAGACUGGCACCCGGCCCAGUGCCAGAGCAGAAGAUAUCUUUACCUUUGUACGUCUGCUAUAUUUGGGUUGUGAGUCAAACUGUUUUUGUAGUUCCCAGCUACGCUAUCAAAUCAGACAAUUUUAGCAGCUGGCAGCAAUUAGACGUGCCCAAAUUUAUAUUGAUCUUUACACAAUCAACAUGUCCUUCCGUAAGCUGCAUUUUAGCUUGCUUCUGCUCAACGUCAUCAAUUUGUUGACUGCUGCCACAGUCACCACGCGCAUCAUCCAGCCCAGAGAAACAAGCAAUUGUGAGGGCCGUCAGACACCUGGACCUAUAUGCGAGUCAUGCGAACUGCUGGCCACCUGUGUACAACAUUCCAAUGGCUGGGUUAAUAUACCCGUUGAAUCGUGUGAUGUGGCCAAUGGGUAUUUUUGUAAUAUGCGACUGGGCACGUGCUCGAAUGCCACUGGCCCCUGCCAUCCAUUUGGUAUUGUCGGCAACUUUCAGUGCACCUCCCAGGGCAUAUUUCCAGAUCCGUAUGAUUGCCAGAAAUAUCAUAUGUGCUAUUUUGUCGGCGCCACCCUCGUCGCUGCCGCCGUCGACUGUGGCAAUGACAAGGCCUUCGAUGCCCGAACCGGUCAAUGCUCGAUGACGCUGCAGAGCAGCGUGUGCACCCUACCGCAGUACCAUUGUCCCAAGGUGGGAUAUGUCGCCGCCUGGCCCAGUAAUCCCAAUAUCUUUUACGUGUGCAAGUCGACGGUUAACCAAAAUCUAAACGAUACUGUGGUCAUUUACCCCUCGCUGCAUCGCUGCAACGAUGGCGAGAUCUUUGCGGACUUCGUGUGUCGUCCUGGAAACAACUUGCCUGUGGUGCCAACCACUCAGCCAGAGAUUGUGGACCCCAAUGAUGAUGGCUUCACCGUAUUGCCGAUCGCCUGCGAACAUGUGGGUCUCAUAGCCGAUAUGAACGAUUGCCAUAAGUAUUACUAUUGCUCCGCAGUGAACGGAGAGAUGCGCCACUUGGAGUGUCCCUCUGGCACCUUUUACCGACCGGAGCAAUCUGCCUGUGUACUGGGCACAUGCUAAAUUUCAAAUAGUAUUUAAGUGAAUUUUGUCAAUCUUUGUACUGUUGUGAC